UGGAGUGAAUGCAAUGAACUGCAGUGAGACUAUUUUGAGGGAAUACUUGUAUUCGGCCUUUUACGCUUCUCCAGAGGCAAUAGCAGUCAAAAGGCCUAAUGAUGGCACAGGGAGAACACGGUGGCGCUUUAAAGGGCGUAUUGAAUGGGGAAUGAGCGGUGAGCACCGUGCGCCACGGUAUCAGCAGAACAGUAGCGACUACAGUAUCUUCAGCCUGUGGUAGCCGUGAGGAGCUGUACUCGGAUCCAGAAUCCAUGGCAACCGCAAUGGCAGAAACAGAGAUACGUCAGAAACUGCUGCGCACCGUCAAGAAGGAGGUGAAGCAGAUCAUGGAGGAGGCCGUGACCAGGAAGUUUGUGCAUGAAGACAGCAGCCAUAUUGUGUCCUUCUGCGCCGCUGUGGAGGCGUGUGUUCUGCACGGGCUGAAGCGUCGUGCUGCAGGGUUCCUGCGCAGUAAUAAGAUCGCGGCGCUCUUCAUGAAGGUGGGCAAGGGCUUCCCUCCAGCCGAGGAGCUGUGCAAGAAGGCCCAGGCGCUGGAGCAGAUCCUGGAGAGCAAACGGAACCAGGUGCCGCUGAACCCCGAAAGCACACGCAAGCUCCCCAAGCUCCCAAACCUGUCCCCUCAGGUCAUCAAGCACCUGUGGAUCCGCACGGCCCUCAUCGAGAAGGUCCUGGACAAAAUCGUGCUCUACCUGGUGGAGAACAGCAGCAAGUUUUAUGAGAAAGAAGCCGUCCUCAUGGAUCCUGUGGAUGGGCCCAUCCUUGCAUCUCUGUUAGUGGGCCCUUGUGCGCUGGAGUACACCAAGAUGAAGACCGCCGACCACUUCUGGACGGACCCCUCGGCCGACGAGCUGGUCCAGAGGCACCGGAUCCACAGCGCCUAUUGCCGGCAGGACUCCCCCACCAAGCGGCCAGCCCUCUGUAUCCAGAAGAGACACUCCAGCAGCAGCAUGGAUGAGCGUGCUUCGCCCUCCCCCUCGGCGCGGGACUACGUGGAGUCUCUGCACCAGAACUCCAGGGCCACACUGCUCUUCGGCAAGAACAACGUCCUUGUGCAGCCGAGGGAUGAUAUGGAGGCUAUCCCAGGGUACCUCAGUCUCCACCAGACCGCUGACAUCAUGACCCUGAAGUGGACGCCCAACCAGCUGAUGAACGGCUCGGUGGGGGACCUUGAUUACGAGAGGAGUGUUUACUGGGACUAUGCCAUGACCAUCCGCCUGGAAGAGAUCGUGUAUUUGCACUGUCAUCAGCAGGUGGACAGCGGGGGCACCGUGGUUCUGGUGAGCCAGGACGGGAUCCAGCGGCCCCCCCUCCGCUUCCCCAGGGGGGGGCACCUCCUGCAGUUCCUGUCCUGCCUGGAGAACGGCCUCCUGCCCCACGGCCAGCUGGACCCGCCCCUCUGGUCCCAGAGGGGAAAGGGAAAGGUUUUCCCGAAGCUGCGGAAGAGAUGUCCGCAGGGCUCCUCCGACUCCGUCUCGGACAAGGAGGAGGACGAGGCCACGGACUACGUCUUCCGCAUCCUGCUCCCUGGCAGCCAAUCAGAGUUCGGUACGCCGGACCUGAUGGACCAGGGCGCGAAUAUGUGGCACCCCACCCCCAGGAAGUCCUCCUGCUCCUCCUGCUCGCAGAGCGGGUCGUCCGACGGAGGACCUCCCAACGGGUGCAACCACGAGAGGGCUCCGCUGAAGCUCCUCUGUGAUAACAUGAAGUAUCAGAUCAUUUCCCGGGCGUUCUACGGCUGGCUGGCUUACUGCCGUCACUUAUCCACGGUGCGCACGCACCUCUCCGCGCUGGUCAACCACGCCAUCGUGGACCCGGACGUCCCGUGCAACGCCUACGGGGGCCUGACUGUGGAGGUGUGGCAGCGCUUCAUGGAGGACUGCAGCGCCUACGAGGAGCAGGAGCUGCUACGCCUGGUCUACUUUGGGGGGGUGGACCCCUCACUGCGCAAGGACGUCUGGCCCUUCCUGCUGGGGCACUACCAGUUUGGCAUGUCCGAGGCGGACAGGAAGGAGGUGGAUGAGCAGGUGCGGGCCUGCUACGAGCAGACCAUGAGCGAGUGGCUGGGAUGCGAGGCCAUCGUGAGGCAGCGGGAGAAGGAGCAGCACGCGGUCGCUCUGGCCAAGUGCUCGUCCGGGGCCAGCAUAGACAGCAGCAUCCAGAAGAUGAUGCACCGGGACUCCACCGUCAGCAACGAGUCCUCCCAGAGCUGCAGCUCAGACAGACAGAGUCACGCCCGGCUGCAGAGCGACUCCAGUAGCAGCACGCAGGUCUUUGAGUCCGUGGAGGAGGUCGAUCAGAUCGAGACGGAGCCCAAGAGCGAGGAGACCAAGCAGGCUCCCAAAAUCCCCAACGGGGCCCUCCCCAACGGCACCACCUCCCCCGACUCGGGCCACCCGUCUUCCCGCAACUUCUCCAUCGCCUCCGGCCUCUCCGACCGCUCCCUCAGCACGGAGGACAGCGGCGCUCCCGAGGCCCUCGCCAAAACUGCCGCGGCCGCCCAGCAUCCGCCCGCCCCGCCCGCCCUCGCGAAGCCCGAGCCGGCCCCUGAGGGGCCCCCCAGCUCCGGCCCCGCCCAAAGGGCCCGCUCGCAGUCCCAGCCCAAUGGCAAAGAGCCCCAGGCAAAGGACACGUCUGAGAAAGUCUCCAAAUACCCCGAAGCAGCGGAAACAGAAGUGCCCAAAUCCCCGAAAACAGAGGAGGGGAACAACAUUGUUAAGGUAGAAGAAGUACAAUCACUUGAAAUAGAAGUAGCCAAAUCACCCAAAACACUUGUCGCCAAAUCACCUAAAACAGAGGAUGUGAACAGUCUUAAAUCAGAAGAGGUACAAUCCCCUGAAACGCACGUCGCCAAAUCACCUGAGACGGAGGAUGUGAACAGUCUUAAAUCAGAAGAGGUACAAUCGUCUGAAACAGAAGUUGCCAAAUCACCUGAAAUUGAGGAGAUCAAGUCACCUAAAGGAGAGGAGGUCAGUGUUCCUACAUCAGAACAGGUACAAUCAUCUGAAGCAGAGGUAGCCAAAACACCUGAAAUUGAGGGGUCCAAAUCACCUAAGACAGAGGAGAUCAGUGUCCCUAAAUCCGAGGAGAUAAAGUCUCCUGAAAGAGAAGUAGCCAAAUCACCUGAAAUUGAGGAGAUCAAGUCACCUAAAAUGGAGGAGGCCAGUGUUCCUGAAUCAGAGGUCAAAUCUCCUGAGCCAGAAGUAGCCAUAUCACCAAAAACAGAGGAGGUCGAACCCUCUGAAAAAGAGGAGGUUAGUGCUCCGGAAACAGAGGAGCUAAAAUCGCCUGAAGCAGAACAGAUUAAUUCACCAAAAACAGAAUCACCAGAAAGAGAGGAGGUUGAGUCACUUGAAACUGAGCUUCUGAAAUCACCUACAAUAGAGGAAGUGAAGUCACCUAAAACAGAGGGUGUCAAAUCACCUGAAACAGAGGGUGUCAAAUCACCUGAAACAGAGGGUGUCAAAUCACCUGAAACAGUGGAGGUCAAAUCACCUGAAACAGUGGAGGUCAAAUCACCUGAAACUGUGGAGGUCAAAUCACCUGAAACUGUGGAGGUCAAAUCACUCGAAACAGAGGCCAAAUCACCUGAAACAGAGGCCAAAUCACCUGAAACAGAGGCCAAAUCUCCUGAAGCAGAGGCCAUAUCUCCUGAAGCAGAGGCCAAAUCUCCUGAAAUAGAGGUCAGAUCACUGGAAACUGAGGCGGUCGCUGCCCCUGAAGCAGAGGAGCCUGCUGACGUACACGGGAAGGUGGAGUCUCCAGAGAUGGAGGAGGUUAAAAUUCCCGAAACAGAGCUGGCCCCGUCACCAGAGACAGACGUUGUCACAUCUCAUGAAACACAAGCCCCCAAAGCUCCCGAAAGGGGGGAAACAGAACAGGUCAAACCAACAGAAGAAGAGGCCGUCGGAGGUACAGGAGUGACAGAGGUGAAAUCUCCAGAGCUGGAGGAUGUUAAGGUUGAAGAACCUAGUCAAGCAGUCGAGGCUCCACAAAUGGAAGUGGGUGGAGCUCCUGAAACAGAACAGGUCAAAACUCCGCCGUCGAAUGCCGUCGGGGUGAUGAUGGAGUUGAGACCUCUGGAUAUAGAGAACGUCAACGCUCCCGAGAGACCAGACGCGGGAGAGCCUAAACUUCCCGAGGCCGACAUUUUCAAGGCCUUCGAAGCGGAGGAAGCCCACGGGGCGAGUGUGGCCUCCAGCACCAUAGACACCAGUGAGGCUCCACUCACCAUAGAAUCCGACGAGUCUCCGUCCGCCAUAGAAAUGGAGGAGAUACCCAUGUCCAAGGGGGCCAUCAUCUCGUGGGAGAGGAAAGGCAUGGCCCUGGCGUCUCCCUCGGCGGUGGCCGCCGUCCUGGGGGAGGCCGCCGGGGCCGGGCUCCCGGUGCUGGAGCUGCGGCUGGAUGAGGCGGGGGAGAAGCCCAGCCCGGAGGGCACCGAGUCGGUCCUGUCUGAGGAGCCCGAGAUGGAGAGCCUCUUCCCCCAGUUCGACUCGCUGGCCGUGGCCGCGGAGAUGAAGAACGAGGUGGUCUCCCCCGUCUCGUCCAUCGGAACCACCUACUCCCAAGAGCUGCUGGAUAUGUACACUAUCAACCUGCACCGCAUCGAGAAGGACGUCCAACGCUGCGACAGGAACUACUGGUACUUCACCCCUGCAAACCUGGAGAAACUGCGCAAUGUCAUGUGCAGCUACGUUUGGCAGCACCUGGAGAUCGGCUAUGUGCAGGGCAUGUGUGACCUGCUGGCUCCACUCUUAGUCAUUCUGGACGACGAGGCCAUGGCCUUCAGCUGCUUCACUGAGCUCAUGAAGAGGAUGAACCAGAACUUCCCUCACGGUGGAGCCAUGGACACUCACUUUGCCAACAUGCGAUCCCUCAUCCAGAUCCUGGACUCUGAGCUGUUUGAGCUCAUGCACCAGAACGGAGACUACACGCACUUCUAUUUCUGCUACCGCUGGUUUUUACUGGACUUCAAACGAGAGCUGGUGUAUGAUGAUGUGUUCGCUGUGUGGGAGACGAUUUGGGCCGCCAAGUACACCUCUUCGGGCCAUUUUGUGCUUUUCAUCGCCUUGGCACUGGUGGAAAUCUACCGGGACAUCAUCCUGGAGAACAACAUGGACUUCACCGACAUCAUCAAGUUCUUCAACGAAAUGGCCGAGCACCACAAUAUCAAGCAGAUCCUGACUCUGGCCCGAGACCUGGUGUGCAAGGUGCAGACGCUCAUCGAGAACAAGUGAUUCCAAGGACCGGCCCUUUUCCGCUAACUCAUUCCGCAACAGGCUUCCCAGCAUCCUCUCUGUCCCAGCCGUGUCCAAUCAGAGGCCUCACCCAUCAGUCCUCUCAGUUUAACACCAUUUCCCCGUCCGCCGCCAUUAACCAGCUCAACAUUCACAUCCAUCGACCUGAUACCUCUCUGUGUGUUCCGUACAAACCUAGCGUAACCCGUAGUCCGUGUGCUUAAGCCGUUACCAUGGCGCCAUAUGGAAUCGGUGGGUGCCGCACGGAGACUGUGGCUCUCUGCGGGUUGUUAUAUUUGUGCAAGGCUGGUCCUCAUCUGGGCCUGACUCCUCCAGGCACGAUCAAAAUAUCCUGCGCAGACAGCGGUUAGCAGGUGUCCGCCGUUGCCCGCGGUUACCGACCGGAGCGCGCGCGAGAGCAUCGCUCAGGCGGCGUUUUC